AUGUCUCCGCCACCAAGUUACAACAUCUCACAAUCGAAUGCACCAAAUACAUCAACAACAGCAAACAUAAAUACAAACUUCUCUGAUAGUGGUCAAACUUCCACAUCAAUUCCAAUCACCACAAUAGCAUUAGGUGAAGAUGAUGACAUUCCACCACCAGCAUAUCAUCGAAGCGAUACAAGCCAAACAAUCGAUGAACCUCUUCCUUCAUAUCGUGCUUCAAUACGAGAAGAGCCACCUUCGUCAUCUUCAAGUCAACCACAACCUUUCAUUGUGUUAACGGUGGAUGAAGAACGACAACAAGCUACGCCUGUAGCUCCUACUCGUGAUAAUCGGGCUUGGGGAAAAUGGACGAUUUUCUUGGCUAUUAUUAUUAUAAUACCUCUUGUUUCUUAUAUUAAAUCAAGAAAUUAA